CUUUUCGAAGCAACCUUGUCUGAAAAUGAACAAUCUUUCAAAGGACUUGUUGGAGGAUAUCCUCUCUAGGGUUCCGAAGACAUCUCUGAUAAAACUCCGAUCUACUUGCAAAAAGUGGAACACUUUGUCCAAAGAUGAGACCUUUACAAAGAAGCAUCUUGCUCAAUCACCACCAAGAACAAGUAAAGGUGAGAUUUUGGCGAUCGUAUUGAUUAACUGCAGUCUUCGUUUGAUGAGCGUCAAUCUCAAUGACUGCGAUCAUCCAUCGAUAAAGCUUACAGGUACUCUCAUUAGCCUGAACAGUUCAGAUAAACUCGAUAUCACUCAGGUAUAUCACUGCGAGGGUUUACUGUUAUGCGUCACUGAAGACUACACAAGGCUCGUGCUUUGGAACCCUUAUACAGGGGAAGCUCGGUGGAUAUCCGUUGACCAUAGUAAGUAUGCUCAUGCUCUCGGAUUCGAAGAGGGCAACUCGUGCCGUGCGUAUAAAGUCUUGAGAUUUGCUCAUCGUGUGCAUGAGAUAUACUAUGUAAGCUCUGAUUCUUGGAGGGUUCUUGAUGUCACUCCAGACUGGAAGAUGGAAGUGGACGGUGAGUCUAAUUCUAAUAACUAUGGCGUGUCUCUGAAGGGAAACGUGUACUGGUUUGCUCAAGACAAGGAAGCAGGAGGAAACGUUCCCGGUUUUUUACUCUGUUUUGAUUUCACAACAGAGAGGUUUGCUCCGCGUUUGCCUCUGCCGUUUGAGUCUUACUUUGAAGAUGAGGUGACUCUAUCUAGUGUUGGAGAAGAGCAGCUUGCUGUGUUGUUUCAGAACUUGCAUACGUAUGAGAUGGAGGUAUGGGUUACGACCAAGAUUGAGCCUGAUGGGGUGUCUUGGAGCAAGUUCUUGGCGGUGGAUAUGUCGCCACUCACUUGGUUUCAGUUCUUUAGUGGUGGGAGUUUCCUUAUUGAUGAGGAGAGGAGAGUCGUAGUAGUUUUUGAUGGAGAUAAAAAUGUGUCGGAAACUAGUCGUAACACAGCUUACUUCAUUGGAGAAGAUGAUUACUUUAAGGAAGUUGAUCUUGGAGAAGUUACUACAUGCGAAGUGUUCCCUCAUGCCUUCUCUUAUGUUCCAAGUUCAGUGCAGAUCAACCAAACUACAUGAGAACCACAUGACGGUAAAUGGAAUGAUCCAAGUUCUUUAUAUAUUAUCUAAGUCCAUUACAUAUUUCCAAUGUGGGAUCUUGAUCUUUUCAACAGAUUUGAACAAACGUGAUUUUCAUUUCUAGUUUUCUGUAGUCUGAAGAAGUAUGUCUUUGCUGUGCAGAAGAAUAUUAAAACUUUGAGUGGUGUAACUCAUGUGUUUAGUUUAGGUGUGUAUCUGAGUCUGAGACAUGUUGCAGUUGCCAGAGAAGUUGAUAAGAGGCUUUACAUUUCAAACA